CCUGCUGUGUCAGUAGAGCUGCUGCCUGUCAGUGAAGACGCUGCAUGAGACUCGAUCUGACACUCUUCUGCUGGUUUUGGGCUCUUCUGGAAACUGGACUUUAGAGAAAUAAGGCUCAUCUUUGGACUGAUGCUGCUGCUGCAAACUGCUGCAUUAGAGCUGCUGCCUGUCAGUGAAGACGCUGCAUGAGACUCGAUCUGACACUCUUCUGCUGGUUUUGGGCUCUUCAGGAAACUGGACUUUAGAGAAAUGAUGCUCAUCUUUGGACUGAUGCUGCUGCUGCAAACUGCUGCAUGUGUGGAGAGAAACUGCAGGUUUAAUCAGUCUGAUCCAUGUAACACAGCUCUGGGAGACAAACUCAAUCUGCUGAUGGUGCAGGACGCUGGAAAAUAUAAUCUGACAAUAAAAAAGAUAAUAAACAACAAAGAACAAGAUCCAGUUUGUAGAAUAAAGAAAAACAUUAUAAAGCAGAAAGAAUGUGAUCUUUAUAAUAACAGACCUGAAGUGACAGUCAAUAAUGGGACUCUGAUAAUAAACUAUGUGAUCAGAGCAGAUGCAGGGAAUUACACAUUAAAACUCGUUAGCUCAGACGGCAUAGAAUCAUCUAAAUAUCUUCAAGUGAAUGUUGAAGCUCCCUCAGUCACUCUGAUCAUUCUGGGAUGUUUUGCUGUAAUUCUUAUUGUUCUGGCCGCCAUUGCAUACUACAUUUAUAAGAAGAAGAAUCGGCUCAAACCUACACCAAAUGUGGAAAGUGCCACGACGGACCCUCAUACAAACAAGAAUGUGAAGAAGGAACAAGAUCUUCAUUAUGGAGAGGUGACGUUCGCCAACAGAAAUGUUCAACAGCGGCCGAGUAAAACACAAGAGGACUGUGUGUACGCUCAGGUGCAGGCGCAUUAGAGUGAAAACCACCACAAAACCACCUGCGAUAAAUGGACUGUAGUAUGAGGUCACACUUCUGUGGUAACACAAAAAUACAGCGUCUGAUCCAGAACAGAAAGACUAUACUUGUAAUAAGGAGUUGAAUUUACAGUUAUUUGGAGUAUACACGAGACUAGAUAAUGAUCCGAGAUAUCAUCGCUUUGCUGCAGAAUUUCAACGCCAUUAAAGGUGAAGUCCACUUCCAAAACAAAGAUUCACAUAUAAUGUACUCACCCCCUUGUCAUCUAAGAUGUUCAUGUCUUUCUUUCUUCAAUCAUAAAGAAAUUAUGUUAUUUGAGGAAAACAUUUCAGGAUUUUUCUCCAUAUAAUGGACUGAUAUGGUGCCCCGAUUUUGAACUUCCAAAAUACAGUUUAAAUGCAGCUUCAAACGAUCCCAAAUGCAGUUGUAAACGAACCCAGUUGAGGAAGAAGGGUCUUUUCAUAAAAAUAAUACAAUUUACAUACUUUUUUGAUAUCAAAUGCUCGUCUUGUCUUACUCUGCCUGGACUGUUUUUGUUCCGGUUCAUGACAGUUAGUGUAUGUCGAAAAACUCCCAUCUCAUGUUCUCCCUCAACUUCAAAAUCAUCCUAUAUCGCUGUUUUACCUUUUUUGUUUUGAUCUUCUUUGCAUGUUCACUUUGCAAAGACUGUGUCGGUACUUCUGCAGCGAUGUAGGAUGAUUUUGAAAUGAUUUUUGAAGUUGAGGGAGAAAAUACGAUUGGAGUUUUUCGACAUACCCUAACUGUCUUGAGUCAGAAUACACAGAGUGUUUGAGAUGAAAAAGUAUUUUUAUUUUUAUGAAAAUAACCAUUUGUUUUGCUAGAUAAGACCCGGCUGGGAUCAUUUGAAGCCGCAUUUAAACUGCAUUUUGGAAGUUCAAGAUCGGGGCACCAUAUCAGUUGGGUGUAGACUCGUUUAAGAUAAUGUAAUCAUCUGGUUUUAGCCAGGUUUCUGUCAAACAGAGCACAUCUAGUUUAUGAUCAAUGAUCAUAUCAUUUACAAAAAGCGCUUUUGUAGAGAGGGACCUGAUAUUCAAUAAGCCAAGAUUUAUCACUUGUUUCUUUUUAUUAUGUACAUUUUUUAUUUGUUAAAUGUUAAUUAGAUUGUUACUCUUACAUUGGUUUGGACGUCUUUUGUAUUGUCUAGCUCGGGUAACAGACACAGUCUCUAUAGCAUGAUAUCUAGGUGAAAGGGUCUCUGUGUGCUGAGAAAUAACUGAUUUUGGUGACGUGAGGCGGCAGACGGUCGGAUUAGCCAGUCUGUCUGCUUCCUGACCUGGGCCCCAGUUAGUCAAGUACAAACUCUAAGACUAUAUGCCAUAUUACUAUAGAGAAGAGCAGCACCACCUCUGGAGGGAUGAAGACCAUCUCUUUUGUUCUCUAUUAAAUGUCUUUCUGUGAAAUACUAUGCAAUACUAUGCUGGCUUCUGGUCUCAUCCGCGUCCAGCUAUUUAUGGCUGUACAAAACAGCUGGUUUGCUGCUUGAUAUUGCAAAUUGUGUCUUACCAUAUUAUUUUAAUGUAUUGUCCUAAUUAUGAGCACACUGGUUUGUAGUGCAAACUGUUGUACCAUUUACUGCAUGUUGUUAUCUUGUUAUUUCCCUACAGCGGAUGUCUCACCCAUAGGCUUACAUAAAUGUGAACAUUUGAAAAAUAAGG